AUGUCUCGUUUCUUUGUUUCAGGGUAUAACUCAGAAUCUUCAUCAGAAGAAGAGGAUUUAUUAAGUACUUCCGAAGAAGAAGAAUUAGUAUCAUCUUCUGAAGAACAAUCAGAUGAUGAUUUUUUUGAAAAUGAUGAUGAUGAAGAAAGUAGUUCAGAUGAAGAAGGUGGAAGACCAACAGGACCAGCUUAUUUUUUGAAAAAAUCAUUUUUAAAAGGUGGGGAUUCUGACGAUGAAAGUGAUGACGAAGUAAGAACUGCAGUUAGAAGUACAAAAGAUAAAUUAUUAGAUGAUAUGAAAGCAUCAAUUGAAAUUAUAAAUAUAAAUAAAAGAAGUAAUAAUUGGAUUGUUGCUUUAAGUGAAUUCGAAAAAUUAGGAAGAUAUUUGAAUAGAGCAAAUCAACAAAAUUUUGGUACACCUAAAUUUUAUAUUAAAUUAUUAUCAAGUUUAGAUGAUUCUAUAACUGAAACUGGAAAUAAUGAAAAAGAUGAUAAAACAAUGAAAGCUGAUGAGGCAAGAGCUUUUAAUACUUUAAGACAAAGAGUUAAAAAACAAAUCAAAGAAUAUCAAACUUAUUUUGACUUGUAUAAAGAUGUUCCAGAAAAUUUUGAACAAGAAGAUGAACCAUUAGAUGCAGGUUCAAGAACCGAAGAAAAACAAGAUGAAAGUAAAUCAUUAAGUCCAGUAUUUCAAACUUUAAAGCAAGUUAGUGAAAGUAGAGGUAAGAAAAAUAUUGAUAAGGCUGAACAAAUUACAAGUUUGGAAAGUUUAAUUUCAAAUGAUCUUAGUACUUUUGAAUUAAUUUCAAUUUAUCAAAUGUUAUUAUCGUUAAGAUUUGAUGCUUCAUCUUCACAAUUUUUACCAAUUCAAGACUGGCAAAAGAAUAAUGAUGAUAUAAAUAAAUUGUUGGAUAUUUUAUUUGCUUCUAAGGAAUAUCAAGUUAAUGAAAAUGGUGAAUCUACUGACGAAAUUGAUAUUGAACCAACUCCAGUUGAUGGUGUUAAAAUUAUAUAUGGUUCAAUAACAUCAUUAAUUGAUAGAUUGGAUGAUGAAUUUACAAAAUCAUUACAGAACACCGACCCCCAUUCAAUGGAUUAUGUUGAAAGAUUAAAAGAUGAAAGUAGAAUUUAUAAUUUGAUAGUAAGAGGUCAAGCUUAUAUUGAGUCAAUAACACCAUCGCUUGCUAGUGAACAAUUAGCUAGAAUUGUAUUAAGAAGAUUAGAACAUAUUUAUUAUAAACCAAAUCAAUUAAUUCAAGGUAAUGAAGUUGAAACUCAAAUCGGGAAAGGAAGUUCUGAUGAAAUAAUUGAUUCAUUAAGUGAAUAUUUGAGAAACAAUGACAAUAGAAUAUUUGGUAAACAUGCCAUACUAUACUCCAUCUACUAUUAUGCUGUCAAUAAUCAAUAUAAAAAAGCCAAAGAUUUGUUCUUAUCUGCACAAUUUGGUAACAUCAAUUCAUUAGAAUCAUCAUUACAAGUUCAAUAUAACAGAGCAUUAGUUCAACUAGGUUUAAGUGCUUUCAGAUCUGGUGAAAUUGAAGAAUCUCAUAGAAUUUUAAAUGAAAUUGUAAAUUCUCAAAGAUCAAAAGAAUUAUUAGGUCAAGGUUUUAAUAGCAAAUUUCCAAAUCAAGCUACUUUAGUUGAAAGACAAAAAUUAUUACCAUUCCAUCAACAUAUUAAUUUGGAAUUAUUAGAAUGUGUUUACAUGACAUGUUCAUUAUUAAUUGAAAUUCCAGCAUUAGCAGCAGCAUCAAAUACAAAAGAUAAAAGAAAGAACACAUCCUUAAAAUCAUUCAAGAGUAAACUUGAGUUUCAUGAUAGACAAUUUUUCACAGGUCCACCUGAAAGUAUUAAAGAUCAUAUAGUUCAUGCAUCAAUUGCAUUACAAAAGGGAGAUUGGUUAAAAGCAUAUGAUUUAUUAUCAUCAAUCAAAAUAUGGAGAUUAUUCCCAGAUAAUGAUGAUCUUUUAGCGAUGAUGAAAAAUCAAUUACAAAUCGAAGGGUUGAGAACUUAUAUCUUCACUUACAAGCCAGUUUAUUCAAAAUUAUCAAUUUCAAAAUUAAGUACAAUUUUUAAAUUAUCAGAUGAUAAAGUUAUAGAAAUUUUGAGUAACAUGGGUGAACAAGUUGUUGAUGGAUUUGUCAAUUUUUCAAAUACUCCACAAAGAUCAAAAUUACAAGAAUUAGCUAUAUUAAUGAAUGAAAAAAUACAAUUACUUACUGAAAAGAAUGAAAAAACUUCUUCAAAUGGUUAUGGUAAAAAACAAACUACUCAAACUCAACAACAAAAUCAAGGUCAACAAAAUCAACAACAACAACAACAACAACUGCAACAAAAUCAACAAUCAGGUCAACAAUCAGGUCAACAACAAACUCAACAAGGUCAAGCACAGCAACAACAACAACAAGCUCAAGGACAACAACAACAACAACAACAACAAUCUCAAUCUCAACAAACACAUCAAUCAUCUCAUCAACAACAUCAACAAUCUCAACAAUCACAAAAUGAAGAAAAUAAAUUUAGAUAUGCUAAUGUCAAUUCAAAUAAUGACGAAUUUCAAGUCACUGCAUAA